AUGCAGUUGGAGAGCCUCCUGCCCAGCUUACCCAAGACCUUCUACACCUUAUCUUCAUCCUCGUCGUCUUCAGACAGCACGAGCCCGGGCCAGGCGGAAGCGAGCGCGCACAGCGAGCCCGAACCGAGCAAAAAGUACCGAACCGCGAUGAUGAUGUCGAGCGCCACCAACACCACCACGGGCAGCAGUACCACAGUAGGAGGAGGGUCCGAACGCGAGGGGGACGACUUCCCCGACACCAAGAGCCGAAAGAGUUCUCCAGUGAUGGGGGCAGUGGAGCAGCAGCAGGAGGAAGAACUGUCCGCCGGCCGCCGCUACGGUAUCGACGAGCUCGGCACCGACCGCUACUUCAUCUCCCCGACCUCCGACACCAGUGCGUGCUCCCUGUUCCCGUACAGCGCGCAAGGUGGGCCGGUGUACGGUACCACCGGCUCACGCUACUCCUCCCCGUACUCCUCUUCUUCAGUGCUCGCUCCCCCUCCUCCACCUCCCCCACCUGGACCUCCACCACCUCCUCCACCGGGCAGCGUGUGCCCGGCGCGCAGCCAGCUCGCACCCUCCGCCUACCAGUUCGGACAAGGGCCCGCCUGCCUGUACCCGUCCUACCACCACCCCGCGCUCCCGGUGGGCCGCGCGCAGGUCUACCUGUGCAACCGCGCGCUCUGGCUCAAGUUCCACCGGCACCAGACCGAGAUGAUCAUCACCAAGCAGGGCAGGCGCAUGUUUCCGUUCCUGAGCUUUAACAUCGCUGGGCUGAACGUGAGCUCUCACUACAACGUGUUCGUGGAGGUGGUGCUCGCCGACCCCAACCACUGGCGCUUCCAGGGAGGGAAAUGGGUCACCUGUGGGAAAGCGGACAACAACAUGCAAGGCAACAAGAUGUACGUCCACCCGGAGUCCCCCAACACGGGAGCGCACUGGAUGCGUCAGGAGAUUUCCUUCAGCAAACUCAAACUGACCAACAACAAGGGUGCCAACAACAACAACACCCAGAUGAUCGUCAUGCAGUCCCUCCACAAGUACCAGCCCAGGCUGCACAUCGUGGAGGUGAGUGAGGACGGCGUGGAGGACAUGAGCGGCGAGUCCAAAACCCAGACCUUCACUUUUCCGGAAAACCAGUUCAUAGCGGUCACCGCUUACCAGAACACAGAUAUUACGCAGCUAAAGAUCGACCACAACCCGUUUGCUAAAGGCUUCAGAGACAACUAUGAUUCGAUGUACACUGCUCCAGAGAGCGACAGAUUGACCCCGUCGCCCACCGACUCUCCACGUUCGCACCAGAUCGUUCCGGGGGCGCGUUACGCCAUGCAGCCCUUCUUCCAGGACCAGUUCGUGAACAAUCUCCCUCAGAGCCAUCGUCUGUACGGUGGAGAACGUGCCGUGCCCCAAACCAACGGCCUCCUGUCUCCCCAGAGCGACGACUCUUCCAUCUCCUCCUCCAUAUCCGCGUCGUCCUCGUCCUCCACCACUCAGCGCUGGUUCGUCACCCCGGUCCAGCAGAACGAAGCCGAUUACUCCGUCCUUCCAUACGGCAUCAAACCUCUGCCCCUACAGAGCCCGCACUCUUUCGGUUACUACCCAGAGUCCUCCGCGUUCGCAUCCAUCUCGGCCGGAUGGGGCAGUGGAAGGAGUUCCUAUCAGAGGAAAAUGGGGGCCGGUUUGCCCUGGUCGCCUCGUCCGAGUCCGCCCGCGUUUUCUUUUUCUGAAGACCCGCUGAUCACGGCGGCCGCUAAAGAUAAGCUUCAGGACGAGGGGUCGGUGGGCACGGUGGGCAACGGGGGCAUCUGGGGUCUCGAAACGGCUCCGAAUCUGAAGCCCUUGGACAAAUUUGAAGCCUCGUACUCGAUGGUGUGUAAGAGACGACGCCUCUCCUCCAGCGCCGACGCGUCGCCGACCAUCAAGUGCGAGGACGCGACGAGCGACGAUUAUGGGAAAGAUCAGCCGAAGAGCUACUACGCUUUCUACACCAGUCCGUAAACCAUCCACAUCAUCUCUGCUCCUCUUUCUCUAUUGCGCCACAUUUUCUCCUUUGCGUUUUUUAACUCGUUUUUAACCGCAGGUGCCAAAGCUGUGCUACUUUAUCGUGCUGAUUUUCCUUUUCGUGAACGAUGGCGAUCUAUUAUUUUUUUUAUUUUUUAAUCAGAACUGUUUUCUGUUUCUAAGCAAUCUGCUGGAUUUUAAUUCCUUUUUUUAUUAUUAUUAUAAUUAUUAUUUUAAACAUAGCUAUAUAUUAUAUAUAAAAUGAAUGUGAUUUUUUUUUUCUGCGCCCCUUCCCUUUAAUUUAAGAUCCUUUAUU